UCUCCGGUUUUGAAUAUUCUCCGUCUCCCCAGACAAUCCUCCCGAGUCCGCGACCCCCUUUUACACACUGUCCCCUUUCCAUAAAGAAAAAUCAAAGCUUUUCUCCCCCAUCUGGAAUCUGUUCCCUCCCCCUUUCGCUUUAAUCAUCAACCGUCAAAGUUCAUCCCUUUGUUGAUCAAUGAGAUUAAAGGUUGACCCUUUGUGUCAUAGUUAACCACUGAUUGAUUUGCUUCUGCUUGGCUCUCAGAAGUUGCAUGGUUGCUUCAGGAGAAAAGGGAUUUGCAGUUGAACGCCAUAUACAGUUAGCAGUUUUGGAGUUCUGCAGGAACGCGGAAUUCGAUAGCUUUUCCCUUGGCUUUGGCGGGCACUGUGAAACUUGAAGCAAAACCUUGUUGAAUUUAGGGCAUGUUGGCGAUUUCCAUCUAAUUCCACCCCUGAGAAUACGAUGGAAAAGGAGGGCAGCUUUAGUUUCAAGCAACUCAUCAGUUGCAUCGGCUGUUUUCUGCGCAAAUUCAUGUUCAGCAUUCUCUCAGUUGGUCCCAUCCCCGAGCACAUCGCCUUCAUAAUGGACGGGAACCGGAGGUUUGCUAAGAAGCAGCACUUACUGGAAGGUGAUGGGCACAAGGCGGGUUACGAGUCUCUCUUAUCGAUCCUCACUUACUGCUACGAGCUGGGAGUUAAGUUCGCUACAGUGUACGCCUUCAGUAUUGAGAACUUCAAGAGACAGCCUGAGGAAGUCCAGUUCUUGAUGGACCUGAUGGUGGAGAAGAUAGAGGAUCUGUUAAGGGAAGGGGGCAUCAUAAGUAAGUACGGUAUGAGGCUCUACUUCAUUGGGAACUUGGGGCUCCUUAGUGAGCCCGUGCAGGACGCAGCAGAGAAGGCCAUGCGGGCCACUGCCCAUAACACACGUGCCGUGCUUUUGAUCUGCGUGGCCUACACCUCGUGUGACGAAAUGGUCCACGCUGUCCAGGAAUCGUGCCAGGACAAAUCAGAUGGGCCUCAGGCAUCGAGGAAGAACGGGUUUAGUAGUUUAGAAGAGAGCCAGAUCUGCAAUGGUGCUGAGCCAAAAUCUUGUCUCUGCAGUCCACUAGAAGAAGGGGAAGUAGAAUAUCAUGUGGAGAGGGAGGCGGACCUUCCAAUCAUAAAGAUUGGCGAUGUCGAGAGGCACAUGUACAUGUCAGUGGCACCCGAUCCUGACAUUGUGAUCCGGAGCUCGGGCGAGACCCGUCUGAGCAACUUUCUCCUGUGGCAGACUGCCUACAGUCCUCUGUAUGCUCCGGCAGCUCUGUGGCCAGAGAUCAGCGUAUGGCACCUCAUAUGGGUCGUAUUGGAUUACCAGAGGAAGUACUCAUAUUUGCAGAAGAAGAGGAAACAAUCAUGACAGUCUCGAGUGUAUUGGUUUUGGGGUCGGGCUUCCCUCCCGAGUCGAAUUGAUUGUAUACUUAAAAUAGAAGUUAAUUUUGCUAUUGUCAAAACUUGUAUUGCAGCAUUUAUUUGUAACUUUGCACUUAGUAUGUUGUUACAGGAGGAAAAACAAGAGUUCUAUCGAGUUUGGGGUUGAAUCGUAUUAAUUAUUGCUCAUUCUUUACCA